GAAUAAUUCACUUUCUGAACAUUCCGUCACACAGUCCGCAAAGAAUUUCUCAUGAUGUCAUUGAAAUUUUAAGUACGGUCGAAAUUCGGUGCGUGGAAUUUUUCAUUUGCAGUUUUUGUUGAGUUCGAAACGUCCGUGAAGGUAAAGCAGCCGAAGUUGUCUGGAACAGAUCCAGCGGGGAUUCAGGAAAAGCGAUUUUCGCAAGUCCACCAGAACCCGAGAGUGGAAUGAACGUCGUGGUGGUCGCGGUGGUGUGAGUGGAGUCCGACGUGUCUGCACAUCGCGCUAACUGACAAUUGUUGGGCAGUGUGAGUGUUGAUCCAAAGACGUUCCCGUUGUCCGUGGCCACGGAGUGCGAAUUUAUCGCGGCGUCGGGGAGGGCCACACACGAUAUUCCAUCAUCGUUUUUCGCACGACAGAUCCAGUCCGUUCAGUCAUCGUCGCGGCUGUGUCGUCUCAUUAAAACCGUCGUCACCUCAUCAGCGGAAGUGAUUAGGAUUCGGGUGAGCGCGUUGUCAGCGGACGGAACUUUGGGGAAACCCUUGCACCUGCUUCGUGUCGUCGCGAGGACGUGUGAAGUUUUUGUUUUCGGGCGAAAAUGGCAAACAGCGGGAGCAGUGAUGUGGAGGCCCUACGGGCGGAAAUCGAGCGUCUGACGCGCGAACUAGAUCAGGCCAGCAGCGAGAAGAUUCAGUCGGCUCAGUAUGGGCUCGUCCUGCUCGAGGAGAAGGGGGCCCUCCAACACAAGUGUGAGGACCUGGAGACACUCUACGAGAAUACCAAGCACGAGCUGGACAUCACACAGGAGGCUUUGAAAAAAUUGCAAACAUCACAAACCGUAACGACAAAAACGGGGAUCGAACAGGAAGAUGCUUUGCUCAACGAAACUGCCGCCCUGGAAACAUCGCUCAAUCUACAAAUUCUCGAGCUUGAAAACGAGGCAAAACAAUUACGCCAUGAAUUGGAACGUGUGACAAACGAACGUGAUCGUAUGUUACAAGAAAAUUCGGAAAUUGGACGCGAUAAGUCGGAUUCUGAUGCUGAAAAAUUACGCUUAAAGGCAGAGUUGAAAGAAUUGAAAUUUCGGGAAACAAGAAUGUUGACCGAAUAUUCAGAAUUGGAAGAGGAGAACAUUUCACUGCAGAAGCAAGUGUCAAGUUUGAGAAGUUCACAGGUUGAGUUUGAAGGAGCGAAACAUGAGAUCCGAAGACUGACUGAAGAAAUUGAACUGCUGAAUUCACAAGUCGAGGAAUUGGCAAACUUGAAAAAGAUUGCUGAAAAACAAAUGGAAGAUGCGUUGGAGGCAUUGCAAGGAGAACGUGAAGCGAAAUACGCUUUGAAAAAAGAAUUAGAUGCUCAUAUCAAUCGCGAGUCCAUGUACAACAUUAGCAAUUUGGCCUACAGCAUUCGUGGUAUGGAAGAGAACAAUGUGAACAGUGAUGGUGAAGAGGAAGCCUUGAAACGCAUUGAAGCUGAUCUAUCGACCGAACUGAAAACACCUGACGGUACUAAAGUUGAUUUGUUCUCUGAAAUUCAUCUGAACGAAUUGAAGAAAUUGGAAAAACAACUUGAACUUUUGGAAACGGAGAAAUCACAUUUGACCGCCAAUUUGCGUGACGCUCAAACUAAUUUGGAUCAAAGUCAAAAUGAAUUGCAAAACUUCAUGGCACGGGUAACACUUUUAGCAGCUCACGUGGAUGCCCUGAUGCAGCUUAAGAAACAAGUAGACGUCCAAGAACCACAAAAGGUGAUAGCUCAAGAGAAAGAUAAUCUGCUCAAUGAUAAAUUGCGUGGCUGCUUGUCACAAUAUUCCAAUUGGUUUACAUUAAGUUCGAAAGAAAUUGAUGGAUUGAAGGCGGAUCUUCUAGAGUUACAAAGAGGUUUGAACUGUUCAGAUGCGAUGACCACACUUCGCAAUGAAAUUACCAAUUUAAAAAACAAACUUCUGUCAACGGAACAGAAAUCCUUGGAUCUUCACACAGAUGUCCAAACUCUUACCCAAAUUUCACAGAAUGCCGGACAAAGUUUAGGAUCGGCACGAGGCACAUUGGCCGCACUUAGUGAUGAUUUGGCACAACUUUAUCAUCUAGUCUGCACCGUGAAUGGGGAGACACCAGCACGAGUUUUAUUGGACCAUAAGAGCGACGAUAUGAAUUUUGAUUCCUUAACAGCCAUCCAAUCGCAAUUCAAAUCUGACGUACUUACGACCAGAUCUCAUGUAGUGGAAGAUCUUCAACCGUUAGCUGAUGCGAUAGAAAUUAAGAAAUACGUUGACACUGUUAACGAUCAAAUCAAACACCUUAAGACUGCUGUUGAACACACGAUCGAGCUUAAUAAAAAUAAGGUUCGCGGUGAUGUUACCGAAGACAAAUACAAUCGUGAAGAAGCUGAACUGCAAGAGCAAAUUAUCAAACUCAAGAGCUUACUGUCCACAAAACGUGAACAAAUCGCUACUCUACGUACUGUUCUGAAAUCGAACAAGCAAACAGCAGAAGUUGCUUUAACCAACUUGAAAUCGAAAUAUGAGAAUGAGAAGUUGGUGGUUAGUGAAACAAUGGCAAAAUUGAGAAACGAAUUGAAGAUUCUCAAAGAGGAUGCUGCUACAUUCUCAAGUCUACGUGCAAUGUUCGCAGCACGGUGCGAAGAAUACGUUACACAAGUUGAUGACCUUACUCGUCAACUAGAGGCAGCUGAAGAGGAGAAGAAGACUCUAAAUCAAUUGUUGAGACUAGCUGUGCAACAGAAGUUGGCAUUAACUCAACGGUUAGAGGAGAUGGAAAUGGAUAGAGAACUUCGUCAUGUUCGUCGUCCAAUGCCACCCCAGCGUGGAGCAGGUGGCAAAUCACCAUUUGCACGAACGUCAACCCGAAAUCCAACCAACAACUCCAACACAAACUUCUUCUAACAUAAGACAAGCGUGCAGCAAAAACUUUUAGCUUUAGUUUAUAACUUACUUAAGUUGUAAGUUAGAAUUAACAAUAGCAAGAAAAAGAGAGAGAACAUAAAAGAAAGAUCUAAUUGCAUACAUAUUUUACUGACUACUCUGUGAAUGGAACGCAGACUAUGUGUUGUAUAUAACUUCGGCAGAUUUCGUCCACAAACUAAAGAAGAAAAGAAGAACAAAAUAUGCGUUUUUUAUUGAAAUCUAAUAGGGAUAACGAAUUUUAUGUCCGAGGAAGCAAACACACAUAGCGGCGUAUUUAUAUAUAAGUAAUUCCAUAAAUAUUAAUAAUUUUUUUAUACGAAAGUAUGAAAUAAAAGGAGAAAAUGCUGUACGCAACUAUUGUUCGAUAAAAUAUGAUUAAAACACUAAACUAUAAAAUUAAGCUGGUUCUUGAUGUCGUGAAAAUCUUUUUUGUAUUAAGUGAUUCGAGCCCCCUAAUGAAAAUGACGCUGGGCUUGUAAAGUCCCCGAUUGUUUUAUUCCAUUUGGUUUUCGUAGUAUUCCUUGCAAAUUGGGCCACUUUUUGUCAAGAAGUAAUUUCAAAGUUGAGUAGAGCAAGAAAAAAUGUAGUAACUUAUUGAGUUAGUCUUUAAGACAAGUUUAUUAGUAAAGUGGAAUAUAGAUAUCUAGUUGAGAACUUAGUAAAAACUAAAAUAAUUUAUAAAUACACGGAAAAGUCCUUAAAUUAAUAUGUAAGUAACGAAAAAUUUAUAAUUAUAUUUAUUAAGAGUAAAGAAUAAUAAAAAUAUCUUGAAGCGUCCAAACAAGUUAAAGUUUAGCAGAAAAAGUCUUAAACGGCAGCAAAAUGUUUUAAUACACCACAUGAACAUUAAGAAUAUCAAAUCCCAUCCGGUUAGUUCGAAUGCUUUCCAUCAACUUUGUAAUUGAUUAUCCUGGAGUACCUCAAUAGAUGUGCAUCUCUUGUCCAUUAAUGUCUAUACAUGUCCUGUUGGCAAAAAUGUUCAUUUGCAAGCUUUCUUUUUGCUUAGGAUUGUGCUGUUAGCAAUUAUAUCAUUUCUAUACAUCUCCCAAUAUUCCCAUAUUUAUAUUUGAGAUUACCAAUAUUGAAUGUUAGAUUUGAAUAUGAUUUUCUGCAUAUUUAAUAUCGAUAGUAUGCUAAAUACUUCUGUUUGGUUGUGGUUUUUUGUACUGUUCUAGAUAUUAUGAAAUAAAUCGUUAUACGUACGAAUCUAAGACGGUUGUCUGAUGCCAGACAACAUGCGUACUUAUUUACCUCUUAACACAAAACAACUCGUAAGUUUUGCGUUUCAGAAAAUUAAUUUAAAUAAUUUUUAUAAACAGCUUUGCUAUGUUACAUUAAAAUUUAGUUAAAGAAAUUGAAUAUCAUAAAACUAUUGUCUAGAAAAGUCACGUUUUAAAUGGAAUAUUUUUAAACAAUCUAUACCGAGCCAAUCAAUUGAAUUUAAUAACGAGUAUUAAAACCUUAUUCAUAGAAAAGGUGAAUGAAAAAAUCACAAUAUGAACCAGAAAUCGAUCUGAGUACAUAUUAACAACACUAAUAAAAUAAUUUAGUGGAAAUACAAGUAAUAGCGAUGGAUAUCCAAAACAGAAACAAUGAAUAUUGAAUAACUGCUAAAAAAGUGGGUAAAAUACAUACAAAAAUAAAUCCUUAUAUAAAUAAGUCGUAAAUGUAAUUUAUUGAAUUCAAUUUUAUUGAAAAAAAAUUUCACCGUCCCUUUUUCAAGAUGAUUAUAAAUAUCUUCAAAAUGUUACGAAAACAAAACAAAUUGUAAUGUGUUUCAUUUGUCCUAUUUUUCACAUCAGGAAGAUUAAAUACGAAACGAGAGUUUAGAGAGAAACGUGAAAUAUGUCACAUCUAUUCUAAUAAGCAAAAAAAUAUGGAAGAUAUUGAUAUGGAAAUAACUAAAAAGAAAACCAAUAAAAAUAUAUUUAGCAAAACAAAAUAAAUUAUAUUUAACAAUAUGAAA